AUGCUCGCAUGUUUGCUUGUCCUUGCAUCAUUAUGUAACCUAGCUAAUGGAGGUGCUGUGGAGAUAGAUGUUUGCCAUAUGUUUGUUCCUGUACCUCCACAAGGUGCAGGCGCACCUGUGCAGCCAGCACUUGUGCGUAAACCUACAGUGCCUGCUGAGAACUGCCAAGAUCGUGAUGUGUUGGCUUGUCCGGAAAUAUUCAAAUACGACCCUGCAGCGGAUAUGCAGGUACUCGCGAAUAAUCUUAUGCCGUAA